CCCACAGUUUUGGGACAUGGACGUUUAAUGGAUCCGCCAGCGCGCAAUGCUAUGUGGCGAUUCGGCUACCCGAAUCCGGUUAACUACAAUGACAACGAACUCUUCUGCGGCGGCUAUGCUGUCCAGUGGGAGCAGAACAGCGGACGCUGUGGGGUCUGUGGCGAUGCGUAUCACGUGAAGUCACCGCGACCCCAUGAGGCAGGCGGUGAGUUUGCGAAAGGCAUCAUUUCGCGCUACUACACGGCAGGGCAGGAGAUCGACGUGGAGGUGGAGCUGACUGCCAACCACUACGGCCGCUUCGAGAUGUUCCUCUGUCCCAACAAUAAUCCACGGCAAGAGGCGACGCAGGAGUGCUUCGAUCGGUAUCCGCUCUUUAUUUCGGGCAGUCGCGAGCACCGCUUUCUCAUACCGCGUGAGGCCAAGAAAAAGGACAUCUUCCGGUAUCGUGUGCGAUUGCCUCCUUAUGUGACUUGCACGCAGUGCGUCCUUCAGUGGACCUACUAUACGGCCAAUAUGUGGGGCACCUGCUCCAAUGGUACCGAAGCCGUAGGCUGCGGCAAGGCGGAAACUUUCCGCAACUGCGCCGAUAUUGCGAUUAUAUCGAACACUGGAGGCGGUGUGCCACCUAUUUUCGUCAACAAUAAAUCUCCAUAUUUGCUGUACUAUCGCGAUUAUCGUGCCCCGGAAGACAACAACAUAUUCCCAUUGAUUGUGCGCGAUCAGAAGUGCAUUGGAGCGCCACCGUUUCGUUCUCUGCCCGGCAUCGACCAUUGGUGCGAAAUCAAUUGCCUGCGAUAUCCACCCAACUGUCCCGAGACCGCCUGUUAUUGCCCUCAAGAGUGCGUGGCCAUUGGCGAGUUGGAGGGACGCGAAGGAGCCGACACUUACUGCAUGGAUGAGUGCCUUAAUUACCAGUCGGAGUGCCCGCGAGACAGAUGUCGGUGUUUCUAG